CCUCCCGCCCCGCCGUAGCGCGCCGGCCCGCGGGCGGUGAUGGGAAGUGUAGGCGGAAGAGGGCGCUGAGAGCGGCGGGAGGGAGUUUUGAGGGGUCCCCGGCAUGAAGCCCCCCCCUGAGCCCAGUGCCAUGGAUGCCCUGCACGAGGCCGGGAUCCACGCAGCCGUGGCGCUGCAGGCUGGGCCGCCCUGGCUGGAGCAGUUCUGGCUUUUCCUGAGCUCCCGCCUGGAUCCCAAUUCCAUCUACACCAUCUUCUUCCCGCUGGCCCGAGGGCUGGACGACCACGUGUCCGUGAUGGUUCUCUGGAUCGCCCUCGUGGCUGAGUGGCUCAACGUGGUCUUCAAAUGGUUCCUGUUCGGGGAGCGCCCGUACUGGUGGAUCCACGAGUCAGGGCUCUCCAGCCGGGAGCAGCUCCCGCUGCGCCAGUUCCCCAUCACUUGCGAGACGGGACCCGGGAGCCCCUCGGGCCACUGCAUGAUCCUGGGGGCGGCCCUGUGGCCGAUUGUCACCGCCCUGAGCAAGGGAGUGUCCAGGUACACCCCGAGCCGCCUGCUGAGGCAGAUCCCGUUCCUCGUCUACAUCCUCUUACUGGUGGCCAUGGGGCUCUCCCGGGUCUUCGUGCUGGCCCACUUCCCCCACCAGGUGGUCACCGGCUCCCUGGCAGGCAUGGCUCUGGGCUGGGGGCUGCAGCGCUGGCCCCCCAACUUCUUCAAGUUCCGCUUCUUCCUGGGGACGGCUCUGGGGCUGCUGCUGAGCACGCUGGCCCUGCACGAGCUGGCCACGGCCGCCGGCCUGGACCUCGACUGGGGGUCACAACCCAAACCCCCUCCUCCCCUUCCCCGCAGGUCGCUCCGCCGCGCCAGCGCUCGGUGCUCGGACCCGUCCUGGCUGCGGCCGGAGACGCGGCCCUGGGCUUCGCUGUGCCGGGUGAGCAGCAGCGCCCUGGGGCUGGCCCUGGCCGCCCGGCACCCGCUGAGCCGCCGCAGCGCGCAGGAGCUGCAGGCGCUGGAGCCGCCGCUGAGCAGCGCCACGCUGGGGCUGGUAGCGCUGGACGUGCUGCACAAGCUGCCCAAGAGCGACGACGCGGCGCUGUGGUACCUCAACGUGGGCGCCCGCUACACCCUGGGGCCCGUGCUGGUGGGCUCCGUGCUGCCCAAGCUCAUCCUCGCCCUGCGCCGGCUCCGGGCAAACCCCUAGAGCCGCCCAGCGCGGCGAGGAGGGGCGCAGCUCUGGUCCCGGUGCAUCCCCCUGCCCGUGCCAGGGACCCCCGAGUUGAGGAGGGGGUGUCUGCUCUGUUCCCAGUUCAUUCCCCCCUGUGCCAGGGACCCCCGAGUUGAGGAGGGGGUGUCUGCUCUGUUCCCAGUUCAUUCCCCCCUGUGCCAGGGACCCCCGAGUUGAGGAGGGGGUGUCUGCUCUGUUCCCAGUUCAUUCCCCCCUGUGCCAGGGACCCCCAAAUUGAGGAGGGGGUGUCUGCUCUGUUACCAGUUCAUCCCCACCCUCCUUUUUCUCUAGGGAUCCCCAAAUUGAGUGGGGGGCUCUGCUCUGUUCCUGGUUUACACUCCUUUCCUCCAAACUCCCCCAAAUUGAGUGGGGGGUCUUCACUCCUGUCCCAGUUCAUCCCCACCCUCCCUUUUCUCUAGGGAUCCCCGAAUUGAGUGGGGGGCUCUGCUCUGUUCCCGGUUCACUCUCACCCAGCAGCUUUCCCAGUUCAUGCCCCCCCCUCACCCACCCCAGGGACCCCCUCCCACCCCACAUAGGGGGUCUCUGCCCAUCCCGGGGGGCUCCAGGCCAGGGGACCCCCCCCUCCCGGGGCAGAGCUGGGGGUGCCCCGUACCCAGCGGGUCUGGGGUCACAGCGUGGGGACAGCCCCGGCCGGGGGGCACUGAGCUGCCACCGCCCCUUCCCCGGCUGCCCCCGGUGCUCCCGACCGCUCUGCAGCAGGGAUGGGACCCCCCCGGACCCCCCCUCACCGCCGGGACCCCCCCUCUUACCUCUCGGUGUGUGU